AUGGAAUACCUGUCCAAGCAGCUGGAGGUCCUUCGGGACAUGAACGAGCAGCAUGCCAAAGUGUACGAGCAGCUGGACGGGACCGCCAGAGAACUGGAACGCACCAACCACACAUUGGUGAUGGACAGCAAGGCCUCGCAGCAAAAGAUAGAGAGGCUAACGGGGACCAUUGAGGCUUUGCAGAACCAGGUGGAGUCUCUCUCAGGGCAGGUGGAGCAGCUUCGCUCCAUGGAGCAGCUCCGAGUCAGGAGGGAGAAGAGGGAACGACGCAAGACCAUCCACUCCUUUCCUUGCCUGAGGGAGCUUUGCACAGCACCCAGGUAUGAGGAUGAGUUUGUGGUGGGAAGAGCUGAGAGCUUUUCUGGGGAGGUGAAGCCUCAACCGUUUGAAGAGGAGAACCAGCAUCUGAGGGAGGCGGUGUCGGCUCUACGGGCGGCUGUCCGGACUGAGAGGGGGCGCCGAGAGGGUGUGGAGAGGGAGUGCAACCUCCUGCUUUCAGAGUUCUCUCGGCUGCAGACACGAGUCCAGGAUGCUGAGAGCUGCCAGGGGAGGGUGCGGGAGCUGGAGGUGGAACUACAGGAGCUGCAGCAGCUCCGCCGCGCUCGGACUUUCCUGCUGAACAGCGAGGACGAUGGCGUGACUCUUACCCAGACUGUCCUCAAUAGCACCCCGGAGACUGACACCUUCCUGGAGGUGGAGGUCGGGGACACAGGAGGAGGUGUGAGGGAAGAGACCGAAGGGGGAGGAGGCGUGGGAGGGGAGGCUCUCCCUGAGUCCAGCCCUGUGAGGAAAAGCUGCAGCGACACGGCACUCAAUGCCAUCGUGGCCCGCGACGCGUCCGGCCGAAGAAGAGGCAGCUACGCUCUCCACGCCAACAGCGUGAGGAAGCGAGGGAUGUCCAUCCUCAGGGAGGUGGAUGAGCAGUACCACGCCUUACUGGAGAAAUAUGAGGAGUUGUUAGGGAAGUGUAGGCGCCACGAGGAGAGCCUGUGUCACGCCGGUGUCCAGACUUCCAGACCCGUCUCCCGAGACCCAUCCAUGAAAGACUGUGCGAUGGGCCCCACUCCGGUGCCUCCCCCUACCCCCACGCAGUCGCCCUCCACCCCUGAGGCCAUUGAGAGCAUCAGCAAGCAGGUGGAGGCGGUGGAUAAGAGGCUGGGGCAGAACACUCCAGAGUACAAGGCCCUUUUUAAGGAGAUCUUCUCUCGUAUCCAGAAGACCAAGAUGGACAUCAAAGCUACCAAAGCUGCUAAGGCUAGCAAGUCUGGCAAAUCUGGCAAAUCUAGUAAACAGUAAUUGUACACCAACUGGCUCUAGAGAGGAUGAUGAUUAUGUGCUAUUUCAGUGUUAAGUUUGUGGACAGGGCUUGGAGUAAACAUACUUAAAGAGGGUGCUAUUUCUAAAACCUCUAAAAGUACAGCUCAGUUCAAUCGAGGUCAACUCAGAGCGUGCAGUUUUCAUCCAGAACUGAAACCUUCCAGCAUACAUAAGGAUCCGAUUAGCAUGUGAUCUAUUUUACAACAGUGCAGAAUUCAGUCAUAUAUAUAAAAUGUGGUCCAUUAAGGGUUCACCCCCCCUCAUAUUCUUUUAUUCAGUAUUCCUACAGUACUAAAUAUAUACUGGCUUCACUGCCUCACUACUUUAGGGCACACACCAAAAUAACACAAUAAUAGCAAUAUGCCUCUCAUGAGCCUCACAAGUGCACUAAAUGUUAAAGCUUCACAAAAAAACACUAGAAAAUUGCAUCUGCGAUGAAAACAUGAGUGGAACUCUAAAUCUAAUAUUAACAUGAAUUGUAUAUGUUAAGUUUAAUGUAAUGGACUCUACUAACAUUUGUAUAAUUACAGUAAGAAAGACAAACAUCGAUCCUCUCAGGCCACAGUCUGUCUCAAGAAUGAUCUUGAGGUGCUAAUAAUUCUCCUUCCGUUACGUAUAUCGCUAUACAAAUUAACACUGUUCAAACUUUAAAUAAGCCUUUAGUCUGGAUGACCUUGCUACUCUUGCACCGUUCUGUGUGUGACCUUACUGCUUUAUUAAAGUUUGUGGUGCCUCGCCCUUUAUCUAGAGAUUUUCAUGGAACAGCCUUUUUCCUAACAGUUCGAUAUAAAAAACAGUUCAAUAGAAAACUUGGAUUUCUGUAUGGUGAAUAUGAGGCUACAGCCAGCAGCCAGUUAGCCUAGCUUAGCAUAAAGACUGGAAACUGGGAAACAGCUAGUCAUGGUCGUUCGGGUACAAGUUGUGGUUUAACUGGGGUAUGCGCAAGACUAUUUCUUGGCAGGAUUGUUGUUUUUACAUUUCAGUUUUUGAACGGAUUAACUGAACAAGAUAUAACAUGUUAAUUAGUGAGCUUUACAGGAUGAUUUUGUCAGCUUUGGACUGAGCCAAGCUAGCUGUCCCGACAUUUCCAGUCUUUAACUAAGCAUUGCUAACUGGCUGCUGGUUGUAGCUUGUUAUUUAGCAUACAGGCAUGCGUGUUGUGUUGAUAUUCUCAUCUGUCGCCAAAAAAGCAAAUGGGCCUAUUUCCCAAAGUGUUUGACUAUGGUAACUAAUGUUGAACACUUGUGUUUACAUGCUCCUUUCAUUCAGAGUGCUCAGAUGCCUUUGUUCAAGUGAAAAAGGGAUGCUAACUGUAAAACUUCAGGGAAGGAACCCAGACUGGAAACUUAAUUUACAUUUAUAAAACAAAUACCUUCUCCCUCCACUGUGCUUAAGUCACUUCAGCUCUAUUGUAAGUACUGAAGUGGGUCUUCAACUGGACUACAUCAGCCCAUUGGGGCAAAAAUAAAAUAUUUCAAUGAGAUAUAGGAAGCAAGUUUAUUCAUAGUAGUGAGUAAUACAGUAUAGGCUAUAGUUUAGGUAGUUAGAGCUGUUGUGUUUUGAGUGCGUUGGAGUGAUGAUCCCACUAAAUGCUAAAGAGCUGCUGUCUUGCAAAUGACAAUCUGCAGAUUGUUAUUUUCAAUAUUUUCUGGGCAUUAUGGACACUCACCAUAUAGAAUAUAAACAUCUUGAAGGCAUAUACAGUACAAUAAUUUUGUUUGUUUGUUGGGGAAACAUUUAGGGCUGCACGAUAGGGUAAAAACAUCAUAUUGCGAUUACUUGACAGAUAUUGUGAUUGCGAUGUUAGAUUAGAUUAUACUUUAUUCAUCCCACAACGGGGAAAUUCACUCGUCACAGCAGC